AUGACUGUAUCGGCACACCCAAAACUCCACGAUCUCCGCGUACGACUACGCAGCAUCUACGAGGCCAUCGCCACCUUCGGAACGGUCCAAUUAGCGGACAAACCUCCGAUACUCGAGUCAUCUAUCGGCCAAAGUGGCGGAGAUGUGGGAGAGGAGUUCCAUGCGCACCAAGACGCGGUCCAUGGGCUCCGUGCGUUGCGCGACGCCGUUCGACGUGAUUUGGACGUGCUGGAAAAGUUUCUCGACGAUCCAACAAAUGCUUCUCAGCCCGCACUGUCUACCAACGCGCCAUAUUUGAUAUCAGUAUGGAACGAAGUGCUGCAUGCACCCCCUCCAAUCAUCACGAUCAUGCGAACUUUCGUCGACGGCGAUAUGCACGUACCUCGACGCGGCUCUCGCAAACCCCCAGGGGUGAAAGUGGACGUUGUUGCAGACGGCGGGAGGCAAUGGAUACGGGUGAAUACAACGAAGAACUCUCGCCUCCUUGCCGAGUUUCGCGAGAUUGACUCGUACAUGACCGACUCCGAGGACGAAGACGGUGUUGAUGAACACGGGCCAAGUCUCGCUCAGAAAAAAUUUGACAACUCGAUACUGAAGGCCGGGAGGGCCCUUCUCGAAGCCGCAAGUCACCACCCAGUGUCCGGGACUUCGAUCGUACCGUCAGUAACGCUCCGACUCACGCGACUCGAUCUCUCUCCGUCCAACCCCAAGGACCACGACCCGCGAAUCGCGCAAACUCUAGACCUACUCCGUGACAUGGGCAUCAAGGUAGAACUCGGGGAACGCGACCCCGCGCAUCUACCCAGAGUCUCCGUUGUCCCCGCCCGCCGCCUAGAGCCCACCGUCCGCGUCAACCUCGACCUCUCCAUCCUCAUCGCCCUCGUCUCCGACAUCACGCACGCACCGCUCCCCGCUUCCGCCGCUGAAGCCGACGCGCGGUACGUGCCCUCCGCGCAGUACCGCGAGUGGAAGCGCAAGCGGCUCGAGGCCGCCCAGGGCAGCCCCACGGACGCCGACGAGCCCCCCACCGCGGACGACAAUGGGAAGCACUCCCGCGCGCUCGCAAACCAAGCGCUCCAAGAAAUGUCCCGCGGGCUCCUCCACGAGCUCCACGACCGCCUCGCCGCCGCCGCGGGGCCCGCCGGGCUCGGCGCGGUCGAGUUCUGGACGACCCCGGAAGCACGCGACCGCUGCCUCCGCAUCGUGCUCACCAAGAUCGGCGGCCCGCACGAGAAGCGGCGCGCCGCCGCGCUCUUCGCCGGCCCCACGGACAUCGCGGACGCGGACGCGGAGGCGCGGUAUUGGCGCGGCUCGAGGUACUCCCGCGCGUUCCUCCCCGUCGUCCCCGUCCGCGUCUUCCCCUCCUCCGUGCCCCCCGCCGCCCUCGCGCCCGCGCCGUCCGCAGCGAGCCCCGACGCGCACCUGCUCCCGCUCUCCCCGUUCUUCGCGGCCCUCGCGCGCACCUGCCGCGACGUCCUCGCGCAGGAGACGCUCCCGCACCCGCAUCCGCUCCCCCGGCUCUUCGCGUCCGCCCCUGCGCCCGCGGACGACGGCGAGGCGGGCGAGGCGGGCGAGAUCGAGCGCGCGGCGGUGACGCGCGCGAACCCGCGGCUGACCGCGCACACGGUGCAGAGCAUGCUCUGGGGCGCGGCGCGCGGGUGGACGACGUUGACGGCGAACAAGUCGAGCGUCCGUGCGAUCCUGCGCGACGUCCGUGCGGCGGAGGGCGGGUACGGGCGGCAGCGCGGCGGAGACGGGGUGGACGGAGAAGGCGGCGCGGAGAAGGCGGACGUGGUGGAGAAGGCGGCGAUGUGGGUCGUGGACCCGCGUAGCUUGGCGGAGGGGAUGCGGGCGGACUACCACGUGGAGUGA